AUGAAACAAUUACUUUAUUUAUACGUUGCCGAAGUUCGAUUGAUGUUUAAAACUAAAAAUAUGAAUAUUCAAAAAUAUUUAGCUUUGUUAAAAGCAGCGCAUAUGAAAGUUAAAGAUGGAUCCCAUUCUUUGCUGUUAAAAUGGGGAUAUUCAGGUAGAAAAGUAGAUCCCAGUGGCAAAGCUGUUUUAAUUACAGGCUGUGACAAAGGACUCGGAAACAUUCUUGCAAGAAAUCUGGCCACUCAAGGUUUCAAAGUUUUUGCAAGCUGUUUACAUCCAUCUGGGACGGGCGCAACGGAACUCAACAAAGAUACUUCAAAGAAUUUGCAAGUUUUCAAGUUGGAUGUCAGGCAAGAAGAAAGCGUAAAAGAAGCAUUGGAUUUUGUUCUUAAAAACUUGGGGAAAACAAAGCUGUGGGCAGUUGUCAACAACGCAGGAAUUCAGAAAGGAUUUUCUGUAGACUUUUCGAGUAUGGAUGAUUACAAGGAAUGCCUUGACGUGAAUGCUUUGGGUGUAGUAAGAAUGACCAAGACUUUUCUGCCAUUGUUGAGAGAGUCCAAAGGAAGAAUUGUGAACUUAACCAGUAUUUUAGGUCGAAUCUCUGUACCACAUGCCUCUCCUUAUGUGAUGAGCAAAUUUGCUGUAGCUGGAUUCAAUGACAGCAUACGGCAAGAACUGGAUGAAUGGGGCGUUCGAGUAAUUUCAAUAGAACCAGAGCUAUUUGAUACUGAACUAACGAGUAGUAAAUCAAUAGGUAAAAGCAUCGAAUCCGCAAUGGCCUCAGAGAAUGACACUAUCAUACGCCUUUAUGGAGAAAAUUAUUUCCCAGAAUUGAAGAAAUAUGUGAAUUGGUACACUUCGUAUGCAUCACCAAAAAUGUACAAAAUUAUGGACGCAUUGGAAGCAGCUCUCAUGUUGGAGCGCCCUUGGCCUGCUUACAGACCUUGUCGCAACGAACUUACAAGGAUAUUGAUUUGGGACUACGAAUUAAAGAUGCACAUAAACAGAGAUUUAAUUACCAGAUUCUUUUUACAUGUGACUGGUUUUCCAAAACCCCGUAUGGUGACUCAGAAGGAAUUAUCUCCCCAAGUCUUAAAGCCUUCGAACAUAACAAUAACUCCUAGUAAUAAAUAA